AUGAGGAUCAUCAAAUCGUCGGAAAUAGUGAAGAUUCCUCGUGGUCCUCGGGGAGCAUUAAAACGUGAUUUUAGUCAUCUACAUUUGGACAUUAAAGUUGCAAAGAAGAAAGUUAUUGUAACAAAGUAUUUUGGUAACAGAAAGGAGUUAGCUGCUGUCCGGACAGUCUGCUCUCACAUAGGAAACAUGAUAAAGGGUGUUACAUCAGGUUACCGGUACAAGCUUAAAUCAGUGUAUGCUCACUUUCCUAUCAACAUGAUAACGAAUGCUGAUGGCUCGAGGCUUGAAAUUCGUAACUUCUUGGGUGAAAAAGCAAAUAAGUUUGUUUCCAUGGCGGCGGGAGUUAAGGUUUCUCCCACGGGCAUGAAAGAUGAAAUCCAAGUCGAAGGCAAUGAUGUUGAGAAAGUUGCAAAGUGUGCCUGCCUAACCGAUUGAAGAGAUGUUGUGGGCUUGUGACAUACAACGACUUCAAAAGGCUUGACGACGAAUUGUGUAAAUAUCUUUUGAUGAGUUUGUGAGGACAACCGUUCUCCAUAGAAUCACAUCGUUGGCAAAAGAAGCUUAAGAAAAAACCUGCAGAGUCGGCUUAUCUGUCCAAAACAGGAAUAAGAGCACCUCGUUUUUCUGACAGGACCUUAUAGAAAUGAUCGCCUCAGCAUGCUGACAGCAAAUCGACUGACGAAAAGUCGAUUCCUGCUAACUUUAGCUUAUUGAUGAAACAGUUGUGGUUGAUGCAAUCAAAGCAGACCAAUGAGGUUAAUGGAAACCGUAUAGUUAUGCUGCUUGUGGAAUUCUUUACGCAAAUACGUUUCUCUAUAAUACGCAAACCACAUAAUGUCAAAAUUAAAAUUUACCGCACCGGUGUCACGAGUGUUCACGAAAUAUCAAGUUGUGCAGUACUGGUACACUAGCUGCGCAUGUCACUCACAACAACGCACCUAUUGUUUGCUAAGUGGCUGCUUAAACCUCGGUAGGUGGAUCUAGAUUUGAACUCAUCGGUCGAUAGUCGAGUGCCUAGACCAAUAAACCACAGCGCUACAUGUAAGUCACCCGGGUAAGUUAGAAAAUUUGACGUAAAGUGUUGCAAUAGCCUAAUCAUACCUUGCUAGAUGGUGUUAACAGCGAUAAGUCAGGGUAGUUUGUAGGUUGAUAUCUUAUUGUCUACGGAAAUUGUAGCAAUUCCAAUUUUCGUAUCACCUGAGGACUAAUGUUCACAGAUGUGUGACACUGUGAAGCUUUCUGAAACCGGAUGUGUGGUAUAUCACACUACGAACUACAUGUCUUCAUUUUUAGCGAAAACACUAUUGGCUACUGUUCAAGGGUUAUGUGAAUAGGUUGUAGUUAUUUGAAAGUUUGUCAGCUGUACUUCGGAGUUUAGUUUUACUCCUUGUGUUAUUUUUAUUCGCUUAGUGGAAUUAGUGUAGCUCAAUAAGUCAAGGGCAUUCACGUGGUUAUCGCGAUAAUGAUGUUGGAUGUAGAUGAGUCUAGUGCUUAGACUUCCAAGAAUCUCCCAGUUAUCCACUCCAUAAUAUUACCCAGUGCUUUUUUUGUUCCUGAGCUGGGGUUUUGUCAUUAAGUGUACCAGGAUUAAGCAGUAACUAAUAGAUUCUGCCGAGAUUCGUCUGCAUUGGUGAUGUUAUAAAGUGUCUAACAAGUUAUUCAACCGUAAGAAAUAAGUGUUUGUACUUCAACAACUUUCCCAGUUUUUGAUAGUUACCUACAGUUUUCAGUGCUGAAAUUGCCAUUUUCUCCUUACAACUGACCAUAUUAAUCUAUGCCUAGUUUUUUUAUUUCCAGUCAAUCGCACAGUUCAUAUACCA